AUACGGAGCAACCGACAGAUCAAUCCCAACGAACUCAAAAACAAAAACAAAAAAAAAACCAAUCAAAUCAAAUCAAACAUUUUGCGAGAGAGAGAGAGAUGGAGAAGAAUGGACAGCAGACGAAGAAAAUGGAAGGUGAAGAUAAGAACAACAACAAAGGGGGGAAAGUGGAAGAAGGGUUACCAAUGGAGAGCAGUCCGUACACGCAGUACAAGGACUUGGAGGAUUACAAGCGUCAAGGCUACGGCACCCAAGGCCACCAACAGCCCAAGCCCGGCGGCGGCGGCGGAGCCACCGAUGCCCCCACCCUUUCAGGCGACGGCCGCCGUCCCUGAGGCUAGGUGUUUGCU